UUUACCAAAAAAAUGCCUAAACUCCUAAAAAGUAUCGUCACUGUCAUUGAUCUUUUCUACCAAUAUGCCACCCGGGAUGGGGAGUGUGACAUGUUGAACAAGGCAGAACUGAAAGAACUUUUGGAAAAUGAGUUUCAUCAAAUUCUGAAGAAUCCAGAUGAUCCAGACACUGUAGAUAUCAUCAUGCAAAAUCUGGAUCAAGACCGUGACAAGAAAGUGGACUUUACUGAGUAUCUUCUGAUGAUAUUUAAACUGGCUCAGGCUUGUAAUAAAAUCAUCAGCAAAGAUUACUGCCAAGCUUCAGGGUCAAAACAGAGAGACCACAAUCACCAGCACCAAGAGGAAAAAAGUGAAACAAAAGAAGAGGACAAAAGGCAAGGUCAUUCAAGGUCAAGUACAGGAGAGAAUGAUUCCAGGGGCUCCAGAAGAAGCAAUAAACACAGGCCUGGGUCCAGCUCCAGAAGAAUGGACCAUCAAGGAGGCUUGUCAAGUUCAGAGCACAGGCAAAGCUCUGGGGAAAGAAGAAGAGAGUCAAGUUCAGGCCACUUCAAAGAGAGCAAGAAAAACAGGCAUGGCUCUUAUAAACAAGAGAGGUCUGAGAGUCAUUUUUCUGGUCAGAGGCAACAUAGAACCAAUAAAAGUGGUCAAUCUGGACUUCGUAGACAACAAAAAUGGUCUACAAGCAAUGAGGGAUAUGGGUCUGAAUCAGGCCAGUCCAUAAGCAAUGGCAAAAAUCAGUCAAGCUCCUAUGAGUCCUCUACUCAGAGAAAACAUAGCAGCAGCUCUACUCAUCAGUCGGGAGGUUAUGGAAGACAAAAUCAUGGCUCUGUGUCAGGCCAGUCCUCUAAUUAUGGAAAAUAUGGACCUGGUUUUAAUCAGUCUUCUAGUCAGAAAUACCAUGAAUCUAGCUCAGGAUCCAGUUUAGGUGAAUCAUCAAGCUGUGGACAACAUGGAUUUGGAUCAGGUCAAUCUUCUGGCUUUGGGCACCAUGGAUCUGGUUUAGGUCAAUCUUCUAGUUAUAGACAAAAUAGUUCUACUUCAGGAUGUUCAUCAAGCUGUGGACACUAUGGAUCUGGCUCAAGUCAAUCUUCUAGCCAUAGCCAACACUGGUCCAGCUCAGGAGAGUUGUCUCACUAUGGACGACAUAGUUCUGGCUCAAGUCAAUCUUCUGGCCACAGCCAACAUGGGUCUGGCUCAAGAGAAUCUUCUAGCAAUGGACAACAUAGGUCUGGCUCAAGUCCAUCUUUUAGCCCUAGCCGACAUGGAUCAGGAACAGGCCAGUCCUCUGGCUUUGGGCAACAUGGGUCAGGAUCAGGUCAGUCUUCCAGCCAUAGCCAACAUAGGUCCGGAUCAGGUCAGUCUUCUGGAUUUGGGCAACAUUGGUCUGGAUCCAGCCAUCAUUCUAGCUAUGGCCAGCCUGGGUCUGAAUCAGGCCAGUCUUCUGGCUAUGGUCAGCAUGGGUCUGGCUCAGGACAGUCUUCUGGCCAUGGUCAGUAUGGUUCUGGCUCAGGUCAAUCCUCUACCUAUGGACAAUAUGGUUCUGCUUCAGGACAGACAUCAAACUGUGAUCAACAUGAAUCUGGAUCAGGCCAGUCUUCUGGCUAUGGGCAACAGAGAUCGGGCUCAGGUCAGUUCUCUAGAAAUGGUUAUCAUAAGUCUGGAUCAGGUCAGUCUUCUGGCUAUGGCCAACAUGGGUUUGGAUCCAGUCAGUCUUCUAGUUAUGGCCAACAUGGGUCUGGAUCAGGUCAGUCUUCUGGAUUUGGGCAACAUGGGUCUGGCUCAGGUCAGUCUUCUAGCUAUGGUCACCAUAGGUCUCGACCAGGACAGUCUUCUGGCCAUGGUCAGUAUGGUUCUGGCUCAAGUCAAUCCUCUAGAUAUGGACAAUAUGGUUCUGCUUCAGGACAGACAUCAAGCUGUGGUCAACAUGAAUCUGGAUCAGGCCAGUCUUCUGGCUAUGGACAACAAAGAUCAGGCUCUGGUCAGCCCUCUUGGUAUGGUCAUCAUGGGUCUGGAUCAGGUCAGUCUUCUGGCUUUGGGCAACAUGAAUCCAGCUCAGGAGAAUCCUCUGGCAAUGAACAGAGAUCUGGCUUAGGUCAGUCAUCAAGCUCUGGACAGCACAAAUCUGGAUAUAAUCAGUCCUCUAACUAUGGACAACAUGGUUCUGCUUUUGGACAGUCAUCAGGCAGUGGUCAACAUGCAUCUGGAUCAGGCCAGUCUUCAGGCUUUGGGCAACACUGGUCUGGAUCAGGUCAGUUUUCUGGCUGUGGGCAACAUGGGUCUGAAUCUGGUCAGUCUUCUGGCUUUGGUCAACAUAGCUCUGGAUCAGGCCAAUCUUCUGGCUAUGGAGAAUAUGGGUCUGGAUCCACUCAGUCUUCUAGUUAUGGCCAACAUGGGUCUGGGUCAGGUCAGUCUUCUGGCUUUGGGAAACAUGGAUCUGGCUCAGGUCAGUCUUUUAGCUAUGGUCACCAUAGGUCUCAAUCAGGACAGUCUGCUGGCCAUGGUCAGUAUGGUUCUGGCUCAGGUCAGUCCUCUAGCUAUGGACAAUAUGGUUCUGCUCCAGGACAGACAUCAAGCUGUGGUCAACAUGCAUCUGGAUCAGGCCAGUCUUCUGGCUAUGGCCAACAUGGGUCUGGAUCAAGUCAGUCUUCUAGUUAUAGCCAUCAUGGGUCUGGAUUAGGCCAGUCUUCUGGCUUUGGGCAACAUGGGUCUGGAUCCAGUCAGUCUUCUAGUUAUGGCCAACAUGGGUCUGGAUCCAGUCAGUCUUCUACCUACAGCCAACAUGGGUCUGGAUCAGGCCAGUCUUCUGGCUUUGGGCAACAUGGGUCUGGAUCCAGCCAAUCUUCUAGUUAUGGCCAACAUGAGUCUGGAUCAGGUCAGUCUUCUGGCUUUGGACAACAUGAGUCUGGAUCCAGUCAGUAUCCUAGCUAUGGCCAGCAUGGGUCUGGAUCAGGUCAGUCUUCUAGCUAUGGCCGACACAGGUCUGGCUCAAGUAGAUCCUCUAGUCACAGCCGACAUGGGUCUGGCUCAGGUCAGUGUUCCCAUUCUGAACAAUAUGGGUCUGGACCAUGCCAUUCAUCUAGCUCUGAGCAGUGUGGUUCUAGAUUUGGUCAGUGUUCUAGCUCUGAGCAAUAUGGGUAUGGCUCAUGUCACUCAUCUACCUCUGGACAAUGUGGUUCUGGAUCUGGUCAGUAUUCUCACUCUGAACAGUACAGAUCUUGUUCAUGUAACCCAUCUAGCUCUGGGCAAUGUGGUUCUGAAUCUGGUCAGUGUUCUAGCUAUGAGCAACAUGAAAUACAAGGGAGAUGUAGAUCAAGUUCAAGUGAAACUCGUAAUGAAUACAGUAGACCCAAAAUGUGCUCGAUCCCUAAUCAAUCAAGAAGCAAUAGCCAGGAAUGGUCAGAGUGUGGCCAAAAAGAAAGAGGUAAGAGUUAUGGCCUAUCAGGUAGUGGGCCUGAUGGAUAUGAGAGUAUUCAUGGACAAUCAAGAACAUGUAGGCAACAAAGCCAAGGAUGGAGCCAAGGUCCAUCUGACUGUAUCCAUUCAAAUUGUAAUGAAGAACAAAUAAGAAGCAGUUAUAGACAAGAAGUAAGCUCAUCAAGUUGUGGUUCUAGACAAUUUACACCCUCCUAUGGACAUUCUAGAUCCAACACUACCAAUACACUGCUAAUUUGCAAGGAGGGUAAUAGACAAGGUGACUAUUGUUAUAAGAGAGGAGGAGAUAAUUGUGCAGGGGGAAGUACCAGCCCAAGUUCCCACAGUUUCCCUAGUAGCACGCCACUCUAUAAAUAUAUCCAAGAGCAGAGGUGCCAAUUCUAGGGAUGAAUAAUAAAUAUAAGUAAAAUUAAUUCAAGUAGCCAUUCAAGAAAUACAAAAAUGUUACAGAUAAGCAAUUCAUUAUAAAACUCCUUUUAAAAGCAAGUAUAUCUAUUUCUUCCUCUAAACAUGUACUCUAUUCCUUGUUAUUAAGUUUUCCUCAGAAGAAUGUAGGGUAUGUGGGCACUUUGUUAGGAAAUAUUGAGUUGAACAAAUUAUGUAUGGGAAUAAAUUUAAAAGAAUAAUACAAAGCAUAUGAGAAGCAUGAGGUUUAGUUGAGGUAUCUUUUUGAGAGUUCAUUACUAAAGCUUUCAGUGUAAGUCUAAAGAACAAAGUAUUAGAAAUGCAUUACCAGUUCUGGGGUCAAAGCCUCUCUUAUAGCAACAUGGAGGGACCAGAGUUGUGGUAUCCCCCACAUUGGAUGGUGACAGAAUGGAGAAUAUUCUAAAAGCAAAAAAUGUAAUUUUGGUUGUUUCCUUACUUAUCAAAACCACCAAGACCCUAUUCUUGGGUAAGUCUUUAAUAAGUAAGUUUAACAAGUGUCAUUUAAAAAAUGGGACCAAGAGCUUCUCCCUUGCCAGUGAGUGAGAGAGAGCAUUCUUUCUUAAACAGCAGGGAUGGACCCUGAAGGAUAAAGGAAUCCAAAUGUGGAUUCUAACUUGGUUUCAGCAAGAAAGUUCUUGCCCCCUACUCCUAAGAAUUUGCCCCAGGUUAAAAAAGGAAGAGCAAUAGCAUGGUCUCCAACCUACUUUUAUAGUUCAUUGGUCUUUCCAUAUAGGAAAAUAUCAUUUGUGCCCAGAUGGAAAGGAAGACUAUCUGCCACUGCUAUAUAGAUUUUGGCUUGACUAUAAAAUAUUUGUUUCAAGUCUUUGGAUCCAAUAACUGGAUUGCAUAAAAUUGAUAAUAAAUAAUCAUGACCAAA